AGCUGCGCUGCUGAGUUGAGGCGCAACAACGCGGAGAGCGCAGCAGCGACUUCACCGCUGCAACUUUGAUGUCAGGAGCUUGUGGAGCCGUCGAUGAGCGCGUCUGAAGAGACUGGGCUGCUGAAGACACGGCGGGUCGCUCUCUAGCAGCGGACCAACAUGAAACUCCUGAUUUGUGUGGUUGCAGUCGCAUGGGCUGUGGGAUCUACGCAAGCAGCUAAAAAAUACGACGAGCCUUGCAACGGUCUGGACUGCAGCCGAGGAUGCGUGUGCAACCCCGAGAAAGGCAGCAGGGGUCGCCCAGGUGCCCUUGGUGAAGCUGGAAGUCCUGGCCCGGAGGGGCCACGUGGAGGUUACGGGCCUUCUGGGCCCAAAGGAGAGAAGGGCCAUGUUGGCUUGAAAGGACCGGCUGGCGUGAAAGGAGACAAGGGGCCAAUGGGAGUUCCUGGCUUUCAAGGAACUGACGGAGUUCCUGGUCAUCCUGGCCUGGAUGGUGCCAGAGGAUUGCCGGGUCUGGAUGGUUGCAACGGAACCAGGGGAGAGCCUGGUGACCCUGGCUAUGGAACAGGACAGCCCGGACCAUAUGGAUUCCCAGGACCGGUUGGGCCGAAAGGUCAGAAAGGAGAGCCUCGAUACAUCUCUGCUGGUGGAUCGAGUAUUCCAGGACCACCUGGCCCAGACGGUCCACCUGGAAUAAGAGGCCCUACUGGUCCACCUGGGUUUAGUGGCCCUCCGGGCCCUGAAGGAUAUCCUGGUCCACCUGGUCCUCCUGGCCCACCGGGACCGAAGGGAAGCAGCAGUGGCGGAUAUGAGGGAGAGAAAGGAGACAAGGGAGACGUCGGUCUUCCCGGUCCAAGUGGAACUCCUGGUGACGGAUCACUGACAAGUGAACAGACUCUCACCAUCAACAAAGGAGUUAAGGGUGAACCUGGAAGGAAGGGUAUCCGUGGACCUCCAGGACUUCCUGGACGACCUGGCCCUUUCGGCUACCCUGGUGAACGCGGAGAGAAGGGGCUUCCGGGAUACCUAGGGCCAAGAGGAGCUUCAGGAUUCAACGGACCACCCGGGUCUCCAGGACUGAAGGGACAACCUGGGGAUCCAGGCUUUCCUGGGCGAAACGCUUUCCCUGGAACUAAGGGUGAGCGAGGUGACCCUGGGCUUCCUGGACCACCUGCCUACACUGAUGGUGGAGGCAGUGUCGUGCAAGGACCCCCUGGUGAUCCUGGUUUCAACGGCAUCCCGGGUCCGCGUGGGGACCAGGGCCCCCCUGGAUUUCCUGGAAUACCUGGCCCUCCAGGGAUUGGUGGUGGUGGUCCAGGACGACCUGGUUUCCCAGGAACACCAGGCCCCAAGGGAGAAAAAGGAAGCCCAGGUAUCCCUGGAUACGGCAGGGAAGGACUUCCUGGCCCACCUGGACUCCCAGGACCAGUCGGUCCGCCUGGACCUCCCGGCCCAUCUCGAUUGCCCGUUGAACCCUGUGUCAUCUAUCCUGAGUGGUCCAUCGGACCCACAGUUCCUCCCAUAGGUCCACCCGCCAGUCUCCCUGGAGCACCUGGAAGUCCUGGGCUCAGAGGACCACCUGGCACCCCGGGAUACAAAGGCUUUAGAGGGGAUCCGGGUGAUUGCAACUGUAUUGGUGGAGGCACCUCAGGAACACCUGGAAUUCCAGGGUCCCCAGGACUUAAUGGAAACCCCGGCAUCCCUGGAAAAAAGGGUGAACCUGGUGAUCCUGGUCAAUUUGGCUUUGGUGGGCCUCGGGGUCCUGCUGGUCGCCCUGGAGAGAGGGGCUUUUUUGGUCGGAAGGGUGAAAAGGGGGCAUCGUUUUUUUCUCCAUUCAGUCAGGGUGUGAAGGGAGAGCCUGGAGCCCCUGGACCUAGAGGACCCACAGGUGAAACAGGAAAACCUGGCAGGGAUGGAUCACCUGGCUUUCCUGGAGCUCCUGGACCCCCUGGUGAUGCAGGCUUUGGGACACUUGGGGAGAAGGGCUUCCCUGGAUUUCCCGGGCAGAAAGGUCGUCCUGGCCUUCCCGGUGAUCCGGGACCAGGGUACGGUGGUACUCCUGGCUUUCGUGGAGAGCCUGGCGACCCUGGUAGACCCGGUGUGCCAGGUGCACCUGGUCUUAAGGGGGAGAAAGGUGAAAACAGCUGUGAAGGGAUUAAUGACGUCGGAGAGGGAACGGGCCGAGAGAACCGUUGUCGUGAUGAAGCUGGGGACCCAGGGGACCCAGGGUACCCAGGUUUACCUGGAAUACCAGGCCCUAAAGGUCAGCCAGGUUUCCCUGGAGGUCCUGGCCGUCCCGGAUUUAAUGGUGCCAAAGGAGAGCGCGGUGAUCCCGGCUACGGAGGCCAGCCAGGUCUUCAAGGAUUCCCUGGACCCAGAGGUGAUCCUGGUGUUCCUGGCAUUCCAGGGCAGGGAUUUGAUGGUGGGAGAGGAAAAGACGGUAUUCCUGGGCGCCCUGGACUAAAAGGGCUACCGGGAGAAGUCCUGGGUGCUACUCCUGGUCGGCCCGGUCAAGAUGGUUUCCCUGGGCAGCCAGGAGAUAAGGGCCUGCCUGGUUCAUCUGGAGGACCUGGUGCUCCUGGUUUGGAUGGGCGGCCAGGCAUUCCUGGAUUGAAAGGCGAGCGUGGCGUUGAUGGUCUACCUGGUAUUCCUGGUCUUCCUGGUCUGCCUGGUGGGGAAACAGGAGGCAUUGUUGGCCCACAGGGAGCUCCCGGCAGGAAAGGAGAGAGCGGAUCUCCUGGUUUCCCUGGUAGAAAGGGAGAUAGAGGAGACCCUGGUUUUCCAGGACGUGCCGCUGCGAAAGGAUCCCCUGGUUUGCCAGGCACACCAGGUUCACCGGGACCAAGGGGCUCCCCUGGACUUCCUGGACCAGGAACCAGAGAAGGAAUACCAGGGAUACCAGGAAUAAAGGGUGACAAAGGCUUCCCUGGACUGAUGGGCUUCCCUGGACGACCUGGUCUCCCUGGGUCCCCUGGGUUUCCUGGGGGGAAAGGGCAGCCUGGAGGGCCUGGAAGAGAUGGACUUCCAGGUGGCCCUGGAUACUUUGGACAGAAAGGGGAGAGGGGUUACCCUGGCCUUCCUGGACCCCCAGCACCCACAUAUGCAGUGGAGUACCUGGAGAAAGGAGACUCUGGUGAUCCAGGAAACAGUGGACUUCCGGGAUUCCCUGGACCCCGAGGUGACAAAGGUCUACCAGGACCACCUGGCCGUCAGGGUCUGCCUGGACUUCCUGGUUUUGCGGAUCAAAGUAAAGGGCUCUCAGGGCAGCCAGGGUUUCCUGGACAGCCUGGAGGCCCUGGAUACCUUGGACAGAAAGGUGAACCUGGAAUCGUAGGAUUCCCUGGUCAGACUGGACCGAGGGGACAAGAUGGUGUACCUGGUUUCCCUGGCAACCCUGGAGAACCUGGUCGCCCUGGAGGAAAAGGUAUACCAGGAGAAUCAUAUGGAUAUCCUGGAGGUCCUGGACUCAAAGGACUACCUGGAGAUUCAGGAAUUCCAGGUGGCCGUGCAAAUGAUGGUGCUCCUGGUGACAAUGGUUUCCCAGGGGGUCCUGGUUUCCCGGGAAUUAAAGGCAGCCCUGGAGAACCUGGUCGGCCUGGAAUCAUGGGCUCCCCUGGUUUUCCUGGACCAAAGGGGCAGGCUGGCUACCCUGGAAGAAGAGGCUCAGAUGGUCCACCAGGAGGUCCAGGUGGCCCAGGAGGUCCUGGUGCCAAAGGCUUUAAUGGAUCACCGGGUUUGGACGGAUUAAAUGGCCUUGCAGGACCUAAAGGCCUUCCGGGAACUCCUGGUGGUGCUGGAGGAGGCCGCCCAGGUGCUCCAGGUGCUCCGGGUUUGAAAGGAGAGAGAGGCGUCUCCUACCCAGGGGGACCAGGCAUCCCUGGACUAAAGGGAGAAAGGGGAGAUCAAGGUGGUCCAGGACUUACUGGUUUCCCUGGUCUGCCUGGUCCACCUGGUCCCGUUGUUGGCUCAGAUAUUCCGGGACCAAUUGGAGACCCAGGUCUCCCAGGACUUGAUGGAGAAUAUGGUCGACCAGGUCCAGAAGGCCCAGCAGGACCACCUGGUCCUGGCACAUCUCAAGGUGACAGAGGGGACCCGGGACUUCCUGGCUUUUCCGGAUCCCCUGGACCUAAAGGUGAACCAGGACGCCCAGCAGGCCCCGGUCUUCCUGGCAGUCCUGGCUUUAAAGGAAACAGAGGAGAGCCUGGUUUCAGUGGGGGUCCAGGUCUGAAAGGAUUUCCUGGCGAUCCUGGUUAUUAUGGAGGGAAAGGACCCAAAGGAUCCAGAGGACCCCCAGGUAUACAGGGUAGGCCUGGCAUCGCAGAGAUUGACAGAGUUCCAAUCCCAAUACCAAACGUUGGAGACCCUGGAUUUCCUGGUGGCGGUGGCGGCCCUGGUAUCAGCGGAGAACCUGGUCUCUCUGGAAUCCCUGGACGUCCUGGUCCCAAAGGUGCACUUGGCAAUGUUGGUAAACUUGGUAGGACUGGCUCUCCUGGUGGGCCCGGAACUGUUGGUGAUCCUGGACCCCCUGGUUUCCCUGGACCUACGGGAGAACAAGGUCCGCCCGGUGCAGUGGGUCGGCCAGGUAGCCCCGGUGGUGUGGGCCGCAGCGUUGGCAUUGGAUACACUCUAGUCAAGCACAGCCAGAACUCCCAGGUUCCUAUGUGUCCACAAGGCAUGGCCAAGUUAUGGGAUGGCUACAGUCUGCUGUUUGUGGAGGGACAAGAGAAGGCCCACAACCAGGAUCUCGGUCAGCCGGGGUCCUGUCUGCCCAGGUUCAACACCAUCCCCUUCCUUUACUGCUCCCCCAAUGAGGUCUGCUACUAUGCCAGCCGCAAUGACAAAUCCUACUGGCUCUCCACCACUGCUCCUAUCCCCAUGAUGCCUGUGGCCCGGGAGCAAAUACGACCAUACAUCAGCAGGUGUUCAGUGUGCGAGGCUCCGUCUCAGGCAGUGGCUGUCCACAGUCAGGACUUGACCAUCCCCACCUGCCCCCCUGGCUGGAGGAGUCUGUGGAUCGGCUACUCGUUCCUAAUGCAUUCUGCAGCUGGAAAAGAAGGUGGCGGUCAGUCGCUGGUGUCUCCUGGGUCCUGUCUGGAGGACUUCCGUGCUACACCUUUCAUCGAGUGCAACGGGGCGAGAGGAACCUGCCACUACUUUGCCAACAAAUAUAGCUUCUGGCUGACCACUGUGGAUCCCAACACAGAGUUUAUCUACUCUCCAGAGAAGGAAACUCUGAAGGGAGGCCAGGAGAGAUCCAGAGUCAGUCGCUGCCAAGUCUGCAGCAAGCUCUUGUAGUCAAGGAGGCAAGAGAGGAAGGGGGGGAAACAUCGGCUCAAUAACUCCUGCCUGAAAAGAAAUGUAGUUUGGUUGUGACACAGGAUUGGAAAAUGACUGACUGAAAAUAAGCUCCUCCCUUCUUCCGGUUUAUUAAGCAAAAGUAUUCUGAAAGCAAUUUGUGUGGAAGGGAGGAGACGGUCCCAGCGAGAAAACUCUUCUCCACGUUAUCACUGACAUUGGUGCUAUUGUUUUCGUUGUUUGUGUUUAUUCUGUGUCUCUUGGCAAGAAUCUUCCUCGGCUACCUCGGAGAGUGCCAGCAUUUGUGUGGGAGUGGUCACUGGUCAGAGGCUACGUCCACACUGCUCCGAUUUCAUUCUACUGAUGGAGGCCAACAAAGGAGUUGAACUGGACCCGUGGAACUGAUCAUUCUCUCACCCACUCCUCAGAUUGAAUCUGUUAGUCCGUGGUUGUUACUCUUCGUGAAAGCAGUCUGGAUGUCGCCUCAACCAAGUGACUCACUUUCUUCAUGCAAAUGCUGCUUCUGAGCUUCGUCUGCCAUCAAUCAUAAACAUGGUGCAGUGUCCUUAUGACAUCAUUUGUUUUGGUCUGUAUAUUUGGUGCUACAAUGAUCAGUCAGGCAACGGUCAACAUUUCAUUCAGCUGCAUCCACUGAAUAUCAACUAGCACUUUUUCAAGCAUAAGCUCCCAACAACAAGCCAGUAGACACGACUAGAAACAGGUCAGACACCUGGCUGUUUGCACUGAUGUGAACCAAAAAAAUGACUAGAAAGAUCUCAAGACCGACUCGAUGCUUGACCAAACUUGAGUUUUUUUCUCUCUGAACCUGUCCCAGGAAGUAAACAGACACAUUUUUUUUUAUUGCUGUACAUAGUGCUUACUGUAUUUCCCAGCAAAGACACUCUUAUUAUUUUGGAUUAAAAACUAUGCACCAGACCACUUAUCUGCAAGUUUUAAAGAAAUUUCAGAUUUAUAACACAGCACAUUUCCAUAGGUCUUGAAAAGCUACUGCGUAUUUGUAACCACUAAGGCCACUGUGUCUGGCUCUUUGCUGGUAGCCCUGUUUUGCAUCCCAUUCUAACUCUUCUCUAUUUUUUACAUUUGCUGUUUUGUAAUCUAGAUUGUAAUUAUUUUACCUAUUUCACAACGCUAUCCCCUGGAUUUAUUUACUGAGACGGUCGGGAAUGGGAAGAUAUUGUACAUUAAAUAUAAUGAGAGAAAAUGGGGAAAUAUAUUCGUGUUGAUGAUUUAACGGACGUGAAAACACUUGUCUGGUUGACCUCAAAAUGUUUCAAGUGCCUGGAGUGACAGAAAAGAAAAUGCAGUUUUCCUCAAAGAGGAUGGAAACGUGAUGACAAAAAAAAGUACGUCUGUUGAUGUAAAUGUUUCUGUGCUCAUUCACUUUGAAAUAAAGUUUGAAAAUAUA